AAACAAAAAAACCUCACGAUAAAGAAGAAAAAAAAUCAAUCUAACCAAAGCAACACCAACAACCCUAGAAAUUCCCCCAAAUUCAUCCCCCUAAUCAUUCAAUUGUUACUACUCAGACGCGAAAUCGAAGACAGCGAUUCGCCGAACCGAAGAAAAAAGGAAGACGAAGAGGAAGAGAUUGACGUCCGUCGAUUCUUCGCUCGAACUGCCGCAUCUCUUCUGGACCCAUAUCCCCCGACGACCGCCGCCGUCGUCAACGACCCCCGAGCGCCUGAGUUCGUUUCCUUCCUAAACCUCUUCUUGAACGCCGAGUCCCGAGUUGAAAGUCUCGAUUCUCGGCCACCCAGUACUUCACCGGACUUCUCAAACGCAUAUACUGCUCUUCUUCUUGCUCUUGUCUCUUUUGGGGUUUUCCAUCGCCGAUUUGUGUUUGUUUUAAUCGCUGAAUUGGCCGACGGAUAGAGGCUCUUGGCGCCGGUUCUGUGCCGUCAUCUCGUGUUUUUGCUGCUUCGCGACUUCGUUUUCUUCUCCUUUAGCAAAUGUCGGGUUCCGGUGGAGUUACGACGGCCAGAGCCCGCGGGGACGGCCGAUUCUAUGUCUCCCCAGCCAUGCGCAAGCCGCAUGAGCAGCUUCAGCAGCAGCAGCAGAGAAGGAGGCAUCAGCAGAGUAUUCAGCAGCAACAACAGCAACAGCAACAGCAAAGGCAGCAUCAACAGCAACAGCAGCAGAAGCCGGCGAAUCCACCGAUGAAUGGUACUCCGCAUGAGAUCGAGAAGAGGGUAGACGCCGAUCAAUGCCGUUCGUCUUCUACUUCCUCCACAGCCUCAAAUUCGUCGGUCCCUGGGAGACCGAGUACGGAUGGUGUACACACCAAUUUGGAUCGGUUCUUGGAGUUCACCACUCCCGUGGUUGCUGCGCAAAUGCUCCCUAAGACUAGCGUUAAAGGAUGGAGAAGAGGUGAGGAGCAUCACCAACAGCCCUACUUUGUUUUGGGUGAUUUGUGGGAGUCUUUGAAGGAGUGGAGUGCAUAUGGUGUUGGAGUUCCCCUCCUUUUGAAUGGCAGUGAAACUGUCAUCCAGUAUUAUGUCCCUUACCUCUCCGGCAUUCAGCUGUACAAAGAUUCGUCAAAACAAUCCACAAGGCGAAGGCACGGUGAGGAUAGUGAUACAGAAUCUUCCCGGGAAACAAGUAGUGACAGUAGCAGUGAUUAUGGAGGAGUAAAACAUGGUGCAUCGGGGCCACGGAACCAGCAAAAUGGCUUUGAUUCUAAUGUGCCAAACCUAAAUGGACUUCCCUUGAGAAGUAAGCCGUCUAGGGCAUCAUCUAGUGAUGAAAGUGAGGUUUCUAAUCACCCUGGUCAACUCAUCUUUGAGUAUAUGGAGCAUGAAUCACCUUUCCAUCGCCAGCCAUUGGCAGACCAGAUUACAGUCCUUGCUUCUCAGUUCCCAGAACUCAAAACGUGCAAAAGCUGUGAUCUCUCUCCCUCCAGUUGGAUAUCUGUGGCCUGGUACCCUAUAUACAGGAUACCUACUGGUCCAACGUUGCAGAAUCUGGAUGCCUGCUUUUUGACAUUCCAUUCUCUAUCAACACCUUCCUCCUUUCAAGGUCGAAACACAGAUGGACUGCCAAUUAACGGCACCCGGAUGGAUGCUCAAUCUGCCGACAUUUCCAAGCUAUCUCUAUAUAGCUUUGGUCUCGCUUCUUAUAAGUUGAAGGUUUCAUUCUGGAACCCAAAUGGAGAUUACGACCCGAAAGUGAACUCACUUCAGCGUGCUGCUGAAACCUGGCUACGGCUUCUUCAAGUGCAUCAUCCGGACUACAUGUUCUUUGUUUCCCACAGCUCUAGCUGGCGGUGAUAGAGGUAUCUGUCUGGGUUGGACCAUUUUAAGAUACCUGGAAGUUUGGAAAAGGUAAUUGUGUGGCACCUUUUUAAUACCCUGGAAGAGAGACCCAUUUCGAUCGCACAUUGCUCUAUGCUUUUGGCUCCAAUAUUAAUGUUGUCACUUCUUGUUUGAGGGAGGAAGAAAAACUAUAUAUUUCCAAGGUGUUUAUCUCCAGGAUUUCUUCUUCUGAAGCUUGAAAAACUCAUAUGGGUGAUGAAAAAGUGUCUGCCUUUGGAAUAAAAAGGGGCCAUAAAUACCAUGUGUAGUUUAUAGCUUUGUACACAGGGAAUCUCUCAUAUUUGGAGAUGAUACAUGAGGUGCUGCUUUCCCCCUGGAUUGAUAAGUUUGUGGUCUACCCUGUGGGCAGUCUACUAUAUAUUUGGGAAACCUACAGACUUCUCCUGUUUCUUACAUUAAAUAAGGUUUUUAGCAGAUGAUGAUGAUGAAGAAGAAGAUAUGAUGGAAUUGUGUAUAUACAGCUGUUUAUUACUUAGAACUACACUCAGAGAUGAAUGAACGGUACAUUAUGUAUGGUGUAGUUGUUUGGAUGGAUGGGGGGUUUAAUAGUGGAGCGCCACCCAUCUUAAUGUAUUGGAAACUAGUUUGAUUUAGUUAUUUCAUGGUGUUCUUUCUUCUCUUAUUAAGAACUUGUGUUUAAGAUUACUUCUGUGGAUGCUAGAUAUGGAUUGUUGCUGAUAGAUUCUGCACAGCGAAUUUCUGAAAAUGGAAGAUUCUCAACCUUGUCUUGCUAAUAUCGCAAAGGCCCUUCAAGCUAUUGUAGAAUACUAGAAUCACCUUGUCUUGCUAAUAUCCACAACAUUGUACCUUCAGGUUGUAUAGCCCUUUGGCUCUUUCAAUGAUGUUUAAUAAUGUGAUUCAGACAUGUUCUUAUGACAUUGUCAAGAUCAAGAUUGUUUAAUUUAUCCAC